AUGUUUCGGAAGCGCGAACGGAAGGGAAACGUCCGUCAGAAGCGCGAGCUCCUCGCGGACGAUGACGAGGGGGACGCUCCCAGCGGUUCGGAGGGCGCGGAGGUGCAGGGGGGCAGCGUGGAGGUCGUCGAGAGGCUCGCAGACCGCAAAGCAAUGCAGGAGCUUCGGAAGCGGGGUGCGGGGCUCGACGCGAAGUCGCUGCUGAAGCGCAAGGGGCAGAUACCGGGAGCGGCUGCCGCGGAGGAGCCGUCUGAGGACCCCGCGGGCCCCGAGGGCGCCCCCAACGACGGCAAGACCCCGCCCGUCAAGUACGGGCUGCAGCACCGGAAACGCGUGCACCUGGGGGACGACGCGGGGCCGCGGGAGGACCCGAACAUGGAGAAGUUCGUGCAGCAGGAGCUGGCGCGGCGGCGCGGGGAGGACGUCGGGGACGAUGCGGAGGCGCGCAACGGUCAGGAGGGGGAGUAUUGCAUCCCCGAGGAGCUGCGGGGGCAGCAGGCCAAGGACGUGGUCAUUCCGGGACAGUGGCUGACGGGCAUCCAGGAGGUGGCGACGUCCGCGGACGCGAAGCUCAGGAUGAUUGAGCGCACGGAGGCGGCGAAGAACGCCCUUCUCAACAAGGCCAAGGGCGGGGGGGGUGUUGACGCAGACGAGGACCAGGGCGGGCCGCCGGCGAAGAUCGCGCGUCGCGAGCUGCCAAAGGGCUUCGGACGCGCGUUCGGCCGACGGAGCAAGUCGUAG